GUGCUCCCCCUGCCAGGCUUUAUAUUGUCCCCACUUGCAUCCGUCUCGCGCUACUCUGAUAUAAACAAAGCGCAGAUCCGAGCUUCUUCUGCAGUUGGCGCAGAUCGUUUUUUUUAAAGGAGCAAAGAAAAGAAACGUUUUCGGGACUUUUUGGUGCAACUCGGGACAAUCGUGACAACCCAACAGGCCCCGGCAUGGAUGACAUCCAGGUUGUUGAGUCCAAACCCCUGAUGGUGGACAAGGAGCUUCCGGGCCUGAGAGAGGCGGUGCAGCAGCUCGUGGUCAAGGAGCAUGAUGUGGAGACUCCCCAUGGAAGAAUCCGCUGCACGAUGAAGGGCGUUCCCAAAGGGGACAGGCCGGUGAUCCUCACCUUCCAUGACAUCGGACUGAACCACAAGACGUGCUGGGACACGCUCUUCAACCACGAGGACAUGUCCGAGAUCAUGCAGCACUUUGCUGUGUGUCAUGUCGACGCCCCGGGGCAGCACGAAGGCGCCAACACCUUUUCCACUGGAUACGAGUACCCUUCCAUGGACCAGCUGGCUGAGACUCUCCCUCUGGUUCUGAAGCAUUUUGGGCUGAAGAGUGUCAUUGCUAUGGGCAUCGGCGCCGGGGCCUACAUCCUGACCCGAUUUGCGUUGGACUAUCCAAACAUGGUGGAGGGUCUGAUGCUCAUCAACAUCAACCCAUGUGCUCAGGGCUGGAUGGACUGGGCCGCUCACAAGAUCAGCGGCUGGACCCACGCCAUGCCGGACAUGCUCAUCACCCACCUCUUCGGAAAGGAGGAGAUUAACCACAACCAUGAUCUGAUCGCCACGUACCGCCACCACAUCCUCAAUGACAUGAACCAGUUUAACCUGCAUCUCUUCGUCAAGGCCUAUGAAAGCCGAAGAGAUCUGGAGAUCGAGAGGCCCGUCCCUGGAGUCAACGUCAGAACCCUCAAGUGUCCUUCUCUCCUGGUGGUUGGUGACAGUUCUCCUGCUGUGGACGCCGUGGUGGAGUGCAACACCAAGCUGGACCCAACGAAAACCACCCUGCUAAAGAUGGCUGAUUGUGGCGGCAUGCCCCAGGUGGACCAGCCGGGAAAACUGACAGAGGCUUUCAAGUACUUCAUCCAGGGCAUGGGAUACAUGCCUGCUGCCAGUAUGACCCGCCUGGCCCGCUCCCGCACCGCCUCCGGCUCCAGCGUCGCCUCCGACGGUAAUCGCUCGCGCUCCCACACCACCGAGGGAAACCGCUCGCGCUCCCAUACCAAUGAAGGCAGCCGCGGCCGCAGCCACACCGACGGCACGGCCAACAACAACGUGGACCAGUCCGUGCCCAAGUCCACCGAAGUAUCCUGCUAAACCAGCCGCCGCUGAAACCUCUCAUGGUCCCUUUAUUUUGUGCUGCGCUGCCUCCUCACGCACACACACACACACACACACACACACACACACGCACACGCACACGCACACACACACACACACGGACUUUUCCAUGCAGCCAAUGUGCCCAAAUCCAAACAUUCAUCCGGAGGUUAAGGGUCAGGGAGUCAGACUGGUGUGGAGGCAACGCAAUAUUCGGGACAUCAGAGCAGAGAAGAAGCAGCUGUGGUUGAUGUACUCCAGCUUGUAAACUCUUGUGAAUUUAAAACAAAGUUAACUUCUCAGCAUUCAUCGAUUGUUUUUAAUCCAUUUUCCACCGCAGACCUGACGGUAAAUGGCGUGUGUUCUCGCUGUAAUCAUUUAUUCUGAUUUACUGUGUCUGAAGUCACGUUGGUGCGUAGGAGCAGAGUUCCAGAUGUUGGGAGAGAAGGAGGCACUUGGAUGGAUACAUAAAAAAGGGCUUUUUUUGCCUAAUUUUCUGAUUAAUAUCAUAAAUUAAGGGACAAACUUCAAUUAUAUUCUGUAAAUAUGCAAAUUCUUGCUUGUGUCCAUUAUGUUUAAGGUGUUGGGAUUAUUUUUUUAUUUUAUUUUCCCUCCGAAGAAUGUAAUGAACUUUUAUAUCACUUUCAUGUUCCAUCCAACCCAAACUGAGUUUGGGUGGAACAUCUUUCAGAACGUGUAAUUUUCCAUCUCGUGCUUCAUUUGCUUCAGUUUUCCCCUCUUUUACUUUGUUUCGGAGUGAUUUCUAUGCAAUCGAGCACAAUAGAUCAAAUGAAAGUGCCAUGGCAGUGUCCGCUCUCACCGUGAGAUGCUCUUUCUGCGGUUGUGGCUUUGUGGUUGAGUGACAUGUUAACUUGAAUUUAGCCAUAGAACCUAACCCGAUACCUUCUCCUGUACUUUAAUUGCACUAUGGCUACAUAUUCCUGCACAGAGGACAUAAACACAGCUUUGUAAUGAUGCGCAUACCAUCUACUGCUGUAGAAAAGCAUUAAAAUGACAUAACAGUUUGUAUUUAUUAAAAAAUGACAAUAAACACCUUGUAACAGA